UUGACUUAUCUUUAGUUGAUAUUGUGUCCAGAAUAACGUAAUAGUAUGGCUGUUAUAAGUAUGCAGUAUGCACCUACUUUAUAUCAUAGAAACCAAGAGAUUAUAUAUUAUUAUUCAUAUAGCAGACGCAGUCUAAUCGUUGAACUACAUGCUCACAUUAGUAUUAAGUAUAUUUUAUGAACACAAAUAAAUAUGAAAUGGUUCAAAGUCAUUUCGACACCGUGUAUAUUGGUAUUCGUGAGUCUUUCGUACUUUACGCAAUGCUCCGGAGCUCCUCCAAUAACGCCUUCACGGUCUUUGGUACAUAACACAACUAAGCCGAUAUUUAGCUCGAAGUGUGCACCUCUGGUUCGGUGCGUGACACCAAAAUCGAAAGUAUUUCCUGCUACUACUGCAGUCGCCGCUGCAUUAGCCGAUUUCCUGAAGACUGUCGCCGGGUCAUCCGACAAGCACAAAGAACGGCCGACUACGCUGCAUCAGUUUCCGGACUUUCUACGAACUUUUGUUCGGUUCAUCGGAAUCGUCGCUUUACAGCCAUCACCAUCAUCACCACCAACACCACCGACAACCUCACCAAUAUCAGAUGAAAGCGAUAAAUACACUACAACUUUGACAACGGCCACAACCCCGUCAUCCCCGAUAACCACCUGUCCACCGUCGAAUUCUGGGUCAUUGAAAAAACUGAUGUCUCUUUUCGUUCCAGAAUUUUCCAUUCCAUCAUCGACCGCUCGGCCAUCGUCGAACGUGUUACCAAAACUGUUCCAAAAAGCCGAUUCAUAUCAUGAACCAACAUAAAAAAAAAAAAAAAAAAACUUAGUCGUCUAUACUACCAUUUACUUAAUUUUUUGUUAUGA